AUGCGGCCGCCUCUGCAUGCACAGCAGCAGCAGCAACAGCAGCAGCAGAAGCAACAGCAGCAGCAGCAGCACAGCAACAGCAGCAACAAAGCAAAGCCCACAAAACCCAGCAGCAAUGGAGAGAAAGCGGUGCCUGUGUUUGCUUACAAGACAUACAAAAAGAAACAAAACACCCCGACAUACGUCAAGAGCAAAAGAACAGCAACAGCAGCAGCAGCAGAAGCAACACCAGUAGCAGCAGCGGCAACAGCAUCAGCAGGAGGACGAGAAUCAGCAGCAUGA